GCAAUUCCUUUGGAAAAGCGCAUCGCCAUUGCGCUAUACACUUUGGGCUCGUCCUCUGAGUACCGAACAGUUGGCAGGCUUUGCGGUGUAGCUCCAAACAGUGUGUGUAAUAUCCUGCACGAGUUUUGCAGAGCACUUAUCGACGAGUUUUCGAAGGAGUACAUGUCGCCCAAUUACCUAACUUCCGACAAAAUUGAUGAGUGCGUAAAGGGAUUCGAGGCAAUUGGGUUUCCUCAGUGCCUAGGUGCAAUUGAUGGAUGCCACAUCGAAAUAAAACCACCAGCACCUGAGGCAGUAGACCACCAUAACUAUAAGGGCUGGUAUUCCACAGUCUUGUUUGCCCUAGUGGAUUAUAGAUACAGAUUUACAUAUGUAAAUAUCGGCUCUGCAGGAUGGUGCAAUGACUCGAUGAUAUACCAGAAGUCAAGCCUUGCAAAACAUAUCGAAGCAUCGGCAUUACUCCAAGAGAAAGCCAAGGAAAUAAGCGGAGUAAACGUCCCUGUAAUGCUUAUCGGGGACUCGGCAUUUAGGUUUUCUAAAAAGCUGAUGAAACCUUACCCGUUUUCCACAGUCGCCUCUUUGGAACAGCGCACGUUUAACUACAACCUUUCCAAAGCUAGGCGAGUGGUGGAAAAUGCAUUUGGGCAUUUAAAAGCCAGAUUUCGAAUAAUCGGAAAAGGUCUUGAUAGCCACCACAAAAAUAAUAGCGCCAUAAUAAUGAGGUGUUGUAUUUUACACAAUAUAUUAAAUAUGCACAACAGCGCGAUUAAUGAAAAUUGGGAGCUUGCAACAAAUGAGCAGCGCGAACAGCCCGAUACCAGCAACAGUUCUGCUGACUUUAAUCAGUCAGCAGAACAGAUACGAUCUGCAAUCGCAAAAUAUUGUGUAGACCGUAAUGAAAAUUAAAAA